GCAGAGACCUCCACGCUCUCGCGGACAAUCUCUCUUGCGGGUCGGUGAAGGAGUCGGCGUCAGCCUUUGCCAACCUUUCUGGCGUGCACAAUUACAAAAUUGCGUGUGGUAUCAAGGAGAAGACGACGAAGGGUGAUGUUUAUCCCGACUCUCGAGACAUCCCUGCUGUCGUCUGCAAAAAAAAGGGGGCGUUUUAGCCGGGAGGCAGGAUCCGUUUCUGCCGCCUGACAUUUGGAAGUGGGCACAGGAGAAAGCGGCCGAGAAGAAGACGGGGAAAGGCAAGGGAACCGGACGCGAUCGUAGUUUGCAGCGGUUUGCCGACGAGAUCCUAGCUCUCGGCGAAGACAAGGUCCUCAGAGGAGGCGAGGACAACGGCAUCGAUUGGGCGUCAUAUCAUUCGGAGAUUUAUGACUGCUGGGAAGACGCGCGCGAUGCAUACUACCGGACGACAGGCGACGAUGCGGUGAACGAGAGCGAAAUAGUCAGUGCCCAUGAUGGCGUGCUCAAGUUGGCUGUGCGUGUGUGGACAGACGCCCAGGAAGGGCGGCACCAAAACAGUUCGGACGAGUUCCUUUUCCGUAAGGAGCGCAGUGUCUGUCUAGCUGCAACGAAAAAGCAGUUUCAACCCCAUGAACUAGUGCGUGUGCCCAAAUCCACGGGUGCACGCUUGGAUUCUGCCGGCAUAUACAAGCCUAGCAGAGAGCAUGACCGAGUCUUGAGAGAUAUGCUUGCUAGUCGAGCCCUUCAAGAGUUUUCCCAAGUAUACUGGAACGAGAAUGUUGAAGACCCACAGAAGCAGGAUAUCACGCUGUUCCCCUUGUCAGCCGAGAGCAAGUUCCGGCACCUUACUGAAGAGAUAAUUUAUGAUCUCAUGGCCGCUGUCCCGCUUUGGGACUUUUCGCUUUGGCCGAGUGGUCAAAGUCAGAGGGAACGACAGACACGUCGUCUGCUCCUGCGGUGCCGACGUUGCAAAUGGCGGCCCUCCACAUCUCUCAGUCCGCGGCCACACCUUCGUCUUCCACGGAUAUCCCUCCUGCAUCGCCCAACCCUAGCGGAACUGAGGCGUGUCAUCCCAAAGGCUUCAACAUCGGUCGCUUUGCAAUGUCUUUGAACUCAGCGUAUGGCGCGUUGUACU